GGAGCUAACAUGGCGACGGUGCCCGUCUAUUGCAUCUGUAGGCUGCCCUACGACGUAACCCGCUUCAUGAUCGAGUGCGAUGCCUGCAAGGACUGGUUUCACGGCAGCUGUGUGGGGGUUGAAGAAGAAGAGGCACCAGAUAUUGACAUCUACCAUUGUCCAAAUUGUGAGAAAACCCACGGGAAGUCUACUUUGAAAAAGAAAAGAAAUUGGCACAAGCAUGACACUGGGCAGACAACAGAGGUCAAACCUGUGCAGAACGGGAGCCAGGUCUUUAUAAAGGAGCUGCGGAGUCGCACGUUCCCCAGUGCUGAAGAUAUUGUAGUGAAAGUGCCAGGCAGCCAGCUGACCACAGAGUAUUUGGAAGAAAAUGGCUUUGCAGAGCCCAUCCUGGUGCCCAAGAAGGAUGGCCUGGGUUUGUCUGUCCCUGCUCCCACCUUCUACGUCAGCGAUGUCGAAAACUACGUCGGACCAGAGAGGAGUGUGGAUGUCACUGAUGUCACCAAGCAGAAGGACUGCAAGAUGAAGCUCAAGGAAUUUGUGGAUUACUACUACAGCACCAACAGGAAAAGGGUUCUCAACGUGACCAACCUGGAGUUCUCAGACACGAGGAUGUCCAGUUUUGUAGAGCCUCCAGAUGUAGUUAAGAAGUUGUCCUGGGUGGAAAACUAUUGGCCUGAUGAUGCUCUUCUGGCUAAACCAAAAGUGACCAAGUACUGCCUGAUCUGUGUGAAGGACAGCUACACAGAUUUCCACAUAGACUCGGGAGGAGCUUCUGCCUGGUACCACGUGCUGAAGGGAGAAAAGAUCUUUUAUCUCAUCAAGCCAGCCCCUGCAAACAUUUCUCUCUACGAGCGCUGGCAGUCGGCAGCCAACCACAGCGAGAUGUUCUUUGCAGACCAAGUAGACAAAUGCUACAAAUGCACAGUGAAGCAGGGACAGACACUCUUCAUUCCAUCAGGUUGGAUUUAUGCAACUCUCACACCUGUAGACUGCCUGGCCUUUGCAGGACAUUUUCUACACAGUCUAAGUGUUGAAAUGCAGAUGAGGGCGUAUGAAGUGGAGAGGCGAUUGAAAAUUGUCAGUCUGACCCAGUUUCCAAACUUUGAAACUGCCUGUUGGUACAUGGGGAGGCAUCUGCUGGACACAUUCAAAGGUUUGCAUAAAGCUGGGCAACAACCUCCUGCUCACUUACUCCAAGGAGCAAAAAUUCUUAAUGGUGCUUUCAGGUCAUGGACUAAAAAACAGGCUUUAGCAGAGCAUGAAGAUGAACUCCCAGAAAACUUCAAACCAGCACAACUUAUCAAGGACCUUGCCAAAGAAAUAAGACUAAGUGAGAACGCUUCGAAAGCCAGCAAAGCAGACACGAGUGCCAACACCACCCCCGAGGAGCUCUGUCCUGUGGAGAAGGACGAGCCUCCAUCGCCGCUCCAAGCCACGCCUCCGCCCCCGCCUCUGGAGAAGCUUCCUAAAAAAAAGACUCCCAAAACUGUGAAAACCCCCAAACAACUCAAACCAUCCAAACCCCCCAAGCCCCCCAAGCCACCCAAACCCCCUAAGCCUCCCAAAACACCAAAAGUGAAGGGAGAAGGCAAAAAGAAGGGAAAGAAGGCAAAAGAGAGUCCACCGCCAGCCAUCCCCAAUCUCGACCUGCUGGAGGCACACACAAAGGAGGCUUUGACAAAGAUCGAGACGCCAAAGAAGGGGAAGGCUGCAAAGAAUGUUUUAAGUGUUCCCAAUAAGGAAGCUGCUGGGAAGCAGAAUGAGGUGGAGAAAUUUGAAGUUCGAGAGCAAAAUAAAAGCAAAACAGAAGCCAAGUGGAAGUACAAGAACAGCAAACCUGACUCACUUCUGAAAAUGGAAGAGGAACACAAGUCAGAGAAGACACCUCUGUCAGGAAAUAAGGACAACAAAUUCACCUUCUCCUUCUCUAACAAGAAGCUGCUUGGGUCAAAGGGGACCAAGCCCCAGCUGAACACCAGUGUGUUUGGCUCCCUGCAGAACUUCAAAGAAGACAAAGCCAAGCCUGUCCGUGACGAGUAUGAGUAUGUGUCAGAUGAUGGGGAGCUGAAGAUCGAUGAGUUUCCCAUCAGAAGGAAGAAGAACACCACAAAAAGAGAACUGCCCUUUUUAUCAGAGAAAAAGGACAGCUUGCAGCACACUCCUGUGAAGAAGCCAAAGGUGGAGUCAGUGUCAUACAAGAGUGCUGAGUCCUCAGAUGAAGAUUCGCUCCACAUCGACACGGAGGCCAAGCCAGGACGCAACUCCAAAGUGAAGAAAGAGAGUGGAAGCUCAGCAGGAAUUCUUGACCUUUUGCAGGCAAGCAAGGAAGUUGGGGGUUUAGAGUAUAACACCAACAGCCAGCCCCCUGCCUCGCCCAGCACACAGGAAGCCAUCCAGGGCAUGCUCUCCAUGGCAAACCUCCAGUCAUCAGAGUCCUGCCUGCAAACAUCAUGGGGCACCAACCAGGCAAAGAACAACUCCAUCUCCACACAGAACUCUAAAAAGACAGGGGGUGGUGGCAACAAAAAUGCCAGCAAGCAGGUACUGAAGAAGAGCACAAAGAACAGCAUCGACAUGGAGGAUUAUGACGAGGACCAGGACCACCUGGAUGCCUGCUUUAAAGAUUCAGACUAUGUUUACCCUUCCCUGGAAUCAGAUGAAGAUAAUCCAGUAUUCAAAUCCCGCUCAAAGAAAAGGAAAAGCUCAGAUGAUGCCCCUUACAGUCCAACGGCACGAGUGGGCCCCUCGGUGCCCCGACAGGACCGGCCGGUGCGGGAGGGCACCAGAGUCGCCUCCAUUGAGACCGGGCUGGCCGCUGCCGCCGCAAAGCUGUCCCAGCAGGAGGAACAAAAAAGCAAGAAGAAAAAAAAUACCAAAAAGAAGCUGUCGAGCGCCAGCACGAACAAAGCGGCUGAGGAGGGCAGCUCACCAGAGCCGAAGCUGGAGUGCCAGGCCAGCAGCCUCACGGAUCACGAGUACACGGCGGGGGGCAGCACCUUUGGGGUCGCCCAGCCCAACAGGGGAUCGCAGCCCAUGGCACCCGGGGUGUUCCUCACGCAGAGGAGACCCUCCGCGUCCUCGCAGAACAAUGCCUCCACCAAAGGAAAGCGCACGAAGAAGGGGAUGGCCACGGCCAAGCAGCGGCUCGGCAAGAUCCUGAAGAUCCACCGGAACGGGAAGCUGCUGCUCUAG